UUAGAAACUUGUUAUUGCUGCCGCAGCUGAAUCUCUGCCAAGUAGGUGACAAGCUCCGUUAUUCUCCGUUCCAAAGUGCACGGUUACGAAAGCAACCCAGGCUUUGCAAAGUAACUUGACUGAUAAAGAACAAAAGUGGAAUACGAGCUGGAUUUGUCUUUGACUCUUCGGUUCACCAGCACUCAAGGAGUUUACACUAAAUAGACAGACCUGUAGGUUUGACUAUGACGGCAGAAACUUGGGAUGUUGUUAUUGUUGGCGCUGGACUGUCUGGACUGAGUGCAGCUCAUUUGCUCCAGAAACGAGAUCCCAAGAUGAAAAUACUGAUCCUGGAAGGAAAAGAUCGUGUGGGAGGUCGCACAGUAACCUCUGAAAUACCAGCAGCCAAUGGUGUUGAUCGCUGGGACUUUGGAGGCCAGUGGGUCGGAAGCACCCAAACCCACAUCUUUGAGCUCAUAAAAGAGCUAGGCUUAGAAGUCUACACGCAAUUCAACACUGGCAAGAAGGUGCUUCAGAUGGGUGGGCCGACGUCCAAAGUUCGCACCUAUAAGACCAGCAUCCCUGCUCUAUCCCCACUGGUGCUAAUGGACCUCACACAGCUCCUAUGGAAGAUAGACAGACUGUCUGCAACAGUAUGUGUCCAGGACCCUUCAAAGACUCCCAAUGCCGUGGAACUGGACAGCAUGACCCUGCACUCAUACUUUCAGCAGCAUGCUUGGACAGCAGAACUGAAAGAGCAAAUGGAACUGUGCAGCAGGUCCGUUUUUGGCAUGGAGCCAUCCCAGAUGUCCUUGCUGUUUUUUCUCAUGUAUGCUGAAGCAGCUGGAGGACUACUGGCACUUCUGGAGAGCACUCCAGGUUCUGCUCAGGAGUUCAAGAUAAAGGGAGGCACCCAACAGCUUUCGGAGUGUCUGGCAGAACGUGUUGGGUGGAAGAAUGUCCGUCUGGGUUCUGCUGUGACGGCCAUAUGGCAGGAUGCUGAGUGGGCCAAAGUGACGACUACCUCCGACACCUUCUCAUGCAGAGCUGUGAUCGUCACCUGCCCCCCUCAUUUGGCAGCUAAGAUCCACUACCAGCCAGCCCUGCCCAGCCAAAGAGAAUUCCUCACGCAGAACAUGCCAGUGGGACACAUGAUAAAAUUCAUAAUUACCUAUCAGACGGCUUUUUGGAGGGAGAAGGGCUUCUCUGGUGAAAUAGCGGCAGGGUCCUCUGGUGACUGUCCAUUCUGUGUUACCUUUGAUGCCACCAGCCCUAGCGGUAAUGCUGCUCUGGUUGGCUUCAUUGCCGGCCAUCAGGCUUCUCACUGGAGUUCUAAGCAGGUUGAAGAAAGAAGAGAAGCGGUGCUUUCCAGUCUGGUCAAAUACCUAGGUUCAGAGGCUGCAUCUUUCAUUCACUAUGAAGAGAAAGACUGGGCUAAGGAGGAGUACAGCGGUGGCUGCCCUGUUAAUGUCAUGGCACCAGGUCUCCUAACAUAUUACCACCCUAGCCUGAGGGAGCCCUGUGGCAGGAUCCACUGGGCAGGCACAGAGACCGCCACCCAGUGGUGCGGCUACAUGAGUGGUGCAGUGCAGUCUGGUCAGCGAGCAGCACUGGAAGUACUGGCUCAAGUCAGUCAUGUCACCCUCACCCAGGAGGAACAGGAAAUACUGCAGCAGAGCCAGACUUUCAAGAGUCCUCCUCAGCAGACAUCCUCGUUCAAACUCAUGCAUCUCUUCACGAGCAAAUCUGUAGUUAUAGCAACACUCACAGUAGGUGCUGUCCUCCUGCUAGCUCAGCGUCAAAAUGCAUUUCCAAACAUCAAAACUUAUUUAAUGAAUGCCUUUUCAACAGGCAAGCAGAAUUCACUCGUACUGUAACAAAUGUUUAAAAAAAAAAAUCAAGUGUUGCAUCCAUUUCAUCCUACUGGAUUUGAUGAAGACAGUACAAACAAGUUUUGCAGGAAUCAUUUGCAUUAUUUUAAGCUGUACCUUUUUUGCCAUUUUAUCAUAGAAAAUUGCAUCUAUAAAAUAUAGGCUCUCUUUGUAAGCCAAUGGCUUUUCACAAAUCAUGCUGUGUUUAAACCAAUUUGCAGUGAGAAAAGAGAGCUUUCAUACUGUAUGCAUCACGUUGUUUCCCAGAGAGCCAUAAAACCUGCUUGAAAGGCUUGGAGCGGAGCCACGAGCGCGUUUGUGUGCCCACAAAACCACCAACAGAAAUUCGAAUGAGCAUAAGAUGGAUGAAGCAGCCCCACAAUGAUAACGUCCCAGAGAAAGUGAUUUAAUCGCUAUCACUUGAUUGCACCGUUGAUUGAGAGGGGUUUUGUCAGUCCCCGUGUCUACUCUGGAGAGUAACUCAAACGCCCACUAAUCAUUGCACGGUAGUCUGUGACUCCAUUGGCGCCGUGGCUUGCUAUUUGUCUUUGUUAUCACUAGCUUACACUAAAUCAACUGCUUGUUCUCCCGGGUUUCAUUUAAGCCAGUUUGCGUUCUUUUGCAGCAUUUGGUCAUUGUGGUUGACCAUCAAACAGGGCUGGCAGGUACGACCAAAUGAAAACAUUUCUUUUUUGUGUUAACACAAUUUUAAUUAAUUUUGUUCUGUCUACACAGGAGGUUUUUGCUUAUUAAAAUGUAUCUGAAUAUAAUAUUCCAAGUAAUUAGAAAAAUUAAAAAGGCAACACAAGGAUGUCAAUAUGCAUUAAUUUCUAAAAAGUGAACACAAGGCAACGAUUAAAGAAAAAAAUACUGCAAAAAA